CUCAUCUGCCUUUCAACGAUGGUGCAAGCAUUUUCAAUUUUCCACACAACAGAUUCUGUGGCGCUGAAUCACGAUUAAGUAGCUGACAGAUAUUUGUCGUUUCUGUAAAAUAUGAAGAAGGCUACUAAGGACUCAAAGCUCUCUGAACCGCCUGUUCCGCGAGCACGUCCGCCUUUAAGAAGGCACAAACCCGAAGAGACUGAUUCUCAUACGUUACAAGAUCCUAAAGAAUUAUUGAGGAUGAAUACAUGUAACCCUAGGUGGGAACAAAAGAAUUUUCAUAACUUUAACAAUUCUAAUUUACGACACAGAGAUAGUGAUAUAGAUACAGAUAGUGAUACAGAUAUACAUAGUGAUACAGAUACAGAUGAUGAAUAUGAUGAUGAAUAUUAUGAUGAAGACUAUAGAGAUAUUGAUGAUACUGAUGAUGCCAGUUUGAAUCACAGAUUGAAUACGUCAUGUAUACUGCCAUCAGAGUCAUUUAAAACUGCACAGAGCUCUCCCAUCGAUAAGCCUAGAAAAAGAAAAAAGAAUUUGAACGAUAACAGUCUCCCUGUCUGGCAUAAAGUACAAAAUAAAAACCAAAAGCGAUCCACUGAAAGUUUCACGGAACUGUUAUGUGCAAUCGUCUGCAUCAUAGUUGUUUUUUUUUUCUUAUACAUUGCAGUUUAUCGUAAAAAUAAAAUGGAUGAGAAAGUGACUGUUGAUGAAAAUAAAUUGAGAGAGAUAUAUUUAAACCAGGCAAGUAAUAAAUUGGAUAAAUCGGUAGAUGUAAUUCGGAAGAGAUUUCAAAAUCAAAAGGCUACUAUUUGGAACGAUAUAUCUGCUGGCAUAUAUGAUGUAGCUUUGUUUCCUACGAGACCAUCGAUUAUAAUAUUGUUUGGUAACGAAACUGAGACUUUAAAUUGCUUGGCCGAAUUGCUAGCUGAAGUAAGUGGUGACAUUUUAGGCAGCAAUGAUCAUUUAACAUUAAUGUCAGACGAUUUUCCAAAUGAUGUUGGCCAAGUAAUCGAUAUUUUGAAAGAAAGAAUCGUACAAAAAAAAUCAGUAGUAAUACAAGAUUUGCUCAGCAUAAAUACAGAGGCACUAAAAGCAUUUCAUAAUUUUUGUGACAGAGAGAAGCCUUUAGUAGGUCACGCUGUAUAUAUAAUAACAAUAAUCGUGGAUGGGUACAAACCGUCUUUUGGGGAAUUGCGAUUUGUCGAACAACAAAUAUAUAAAAGAUUAAAAGCACAGAUAGAUAAAGAUAAUAUAAGUCCAUUAAUAACUAGACUUACGGAUGGAGUUGUGGCACCGAUUUUGCCAGAACCGAACACAAAAUUCGAUAAUUCAUAUUGCUCACUCGCUGUAAAUAAAUUGUAAGAUUCUAAUAAAGUCACUAGCCGGAAUGUAAUAAAAAUGUGACAGUAAAUAUAAUGGAUAUAUUGAUGAGAUUUCACUUAUAAAUAUAAUUUGAGUAAAUAAAGUAUUUCCAUAUUUA